GCCGUGAGCAGUUUUGUCAACUGGUGGCAGCAGCUCAACAGCGAUCUCCGCAGCACCAGCAGCUGUGAUCGCAACAUUUGUUGUUGACGUUUGACAGCGACAAUAGUUGCACACUCGCGCACAACACCGCGAUCGCGUUGAUCGCGCUAAUCAUUCCUACGCCGAACGACAUUCGCGUCGGAUCACGCGGUGAGUCAAAAAUAAUUACACGCGCACAUACAUACAAACAUAUCUAUGUUAAAAAGUUCUUGUGGUCGCCUCGCAAGCUGCUGAAAGUCUCGCGCUAUGGUUGAUUCGGAUGAAUAUUCGAUAAGUUGCUGAUAAAAAUCGUUGUGAUCACACACACACACACACAUGCACAUGAAAACAUUGAGAAACUACGACAACAUCUACAGUAAAUCUGAUAAUAUUAUUUGAGGUCUGUGCAGAGCUUUUAAGAGCUCCAACAACAACUACUACAUUCAAAUUUAAAUUGAGGAUCAAACGAUGUAUUGGCUUCAUCUGUUUGCUUUGGCUGCAACAGCGUUGUGGAUUGGUGAUGUUUCAUCACUAUCAAUCGAUCCAGUUGCCUCAGCUGAGCUGGAACAAUACAUCAAAAAGGGAGAUUGCGUGAUUUCAAUGCGACACAUUCGUCCUCGACGCAAAUUACAUAUCUCCAUUGAGGCCCUCUUCAUGAUUGAUUUUCCCACGCUCAAGCAUAAAUUCUCAUUUUUUCUGGAUCGGCGCGAGCAACGAGUAACAUUGGAUAUUAGCGCCAGUGGCAUCAUUGACUCCUUGCAAUUUGCGAUUCCGAAUAUAAAUGAGACGAGUACGAUUCGCUCGAUGGCGCUGCACUUCCACAAAAAUCGCAUUGCUUUGCUGGUGGACUGCAAGGAGAGUGCCGCACAUGAGUUGGAUAUGAAUUUGUCGAAAUUGUAUAUACAAAUGGAUGAUCCGGUGAUUAAAUUGUUCCGCGAGCGCAAAUACCCGCUGCACUUUGAUGGCAAUGUGGAGAGUGCAUUGCAGCGGGCCAAUUGUCAGAAAGGUUUGAAUCGACGAGGCAAUAGGCGCAUACUGAAGACUAAAGUCACUACUGAGAGAGAGAAAAAUAAGAAGCGCGAUGUUCGCAACUUUUACAACUCAGAUAGCUAUGAACGAUUUACACAACGACAACUACCGUUAGAUUUCGAACAACGAGGUGAUAUACCGAUGAUGCAUGGCGACUGUGAAGACGCCCUCGCAAAGUCCAUCAGCGACUUAAUGGCUCUGGUGAAGCUGCUGCGCGAAGAUAUCGCCCACCAACGCGAAGAGAUCGCCUACUUACGCAAAUUGCUGGAGAAUUGUGCCGGCUGCAAAGAAUACUCGGCCAGCAGCAACAACUUACGCAUCGAAUCGACUUGUCGCACAUCGAAUCCCUGCUAUCCUGGUGUUGACUGCUUCGAGACAAUGGCGGGCCUGAGGUGCGGCCGCUGUCCGGCUGGCAUGGUUGGUGACGGCAAGAUCUGUAAGCCAGGCGUUACUUGUGCGGAGCGUCCCUGCUAUGUAGGCGUUCAGUGUCACGAUACGUUGAAUGGAGCGCAGUGUGAUGCCUGUCCCGAUGGCUAUGAAGGUGAUGGACGUAGCUGCACCAAACACAAUCCCUGUAUGGAUGGACCUUGUCCCUCCGGCGUUGAGUGUGUUGAAACGGACUUUCCGCCUUACUUCCAUUGCGUACCUUGCCUUCGCGGCGCACACAUGAACGGCACCAAAUGUCGAGAUAUCAACGAAUGCGAACUUUAUCAUCCAUGCGAUCAGAAAACAGAAUGCAUAAAUCUGAACCCCGGUUUUCGCUGUGAGCCUUGCCCAUUGGGCUUUGAUGGAAUUCAUGGAAGAGGCUUCUAUUCCGAAUAUAUUGGACCCGAUUUUCGUAAGCAAACCUGCAAUGAUAUCGAUGAAUGCUCGAAGGGAUCGGCUAUCUGUCACGCGCACUCGGUUUGCGUAAAUACUAUUGGCUCGUACCAGUGCAAGUGUGUGGAUGGCUAUUUCUCUAAUGGAACCAGCAUCUGCUUACCCACAUCAGACAUGUGCCCAGAUGGUAGCAUCUGCGAUCACAAUGCCUAUUGCCAUUUGACCGAUAACUUCAAAUACACCUGCAAAUGCAAUAUAGGUUGGGCCGGCAACGGUUUUGUCUGCGGACGUGAUCACGAUUUAGAUGGAUGGGCCGAUUUCGAUCUGAACUGUGCCGAUAUACGUUGCAGACGGGACAACUGCCCAGAUUUGCCCAACUCGGGACAGGAGGACGCGGACAAUGAUGGCAUAGGGGAUGGUUGCGAUGAUGAUGCUGAUGGAGAUGGCGAGAAGAAUGAUCAAGAUAACUGUCCAUAUGAUUAUAAUGACAAUCAGUCUGACUCGGAUCAUGACAGCGUUGGUGAUGCAUGCGACAAUUGUCCUUUCGUGCCGAAUCGUAAGCAAUUGGACUCGGAUCACGAUGGCUUGGGCAACGAUUGCGAUGACGAUAUGGAUAAUGAUAAUAUUGCGAAUAUUUACGAUAACUGUCCAACAGUACCAAACCCAAAUCAGUCCGACGUAGACAACGAUGGCAUUGGCGAUGCCUGCGAUAACUGUCCCACCAUACCAAAUCCGUCGCAGGAGGACAGAGACAACGAUUUGGUUGGAGAUGCAUGCGACUCGGAUAUUGAUGGAGACGACGAUGGUAUACAGGACAGCGAAGAUAAUUGCAACUCUAUAAGCAAUUCCGAUCAACUGGAUACCGAUGGAGAUGGAAAGGGUGACGCUUGUGAUGAUGACAUGGAUGGCGAUGGUGUGCCGAAUCAUCGCGAUAACUGCCCCUUAGUUAGAAAUCCUGAUCAAACAGAUUUAAAUCGCAACGGCAAAGGUGAUAUUUGCGAAUACGACGAGGACGAAGACGGCACGCCAAACUUCAUUGAUAACUGCCCGAAUAAUUCAAUGAUAUAUUCGACUGACUUUCGCACGAUUCGUUCAGUAAUACUUGAUCCCGAAGGCGACGCGCAACGCGAUCCCAAUUGGGAAGUGCAUGCUAAUGGGUCUGAGAUCGUACAAACUCUGAACAGUGAUCCAGGCUUAGUGGUCGGACAUGAUGCUUUUGGUGGCGUGGACUUUGAAGGCACAUUCUAUGUGAACGAUGACACAGAUGACGAUUAUGUGGGCUUCAUCUUUGGCUAUCAGAGUAACCGAAAAUUCUAUGUGGUGAUGUGGAAGAAGGCCGCGCAAACCUAUUGGGAAUCGACACCAUUCCGUGCUUCCUCUGAACCGGGUAUACAAAUCAAGUUGGUCGACAGCAUAACUGGGCCCGGUUCGAUGCUGCGUAACAGCCUUUGGCACUCGGGUGAUACACCGGAUCAAGUCAAAUUGCUGUGGAAAGAUCCAAUGAAUGUGGGCUGGAAGGAGAAGACAUCGUAUCGCUGGUCAUUGGUGCAUCGUCCGGCUAUUGGCCUGAUUCGUUUGAGGAUGUACGAAGGUGAACACUUGAUUUUGGACUCUCACAAUGUAUACGAUUCCACGCUGAAAGGAGGUCGCCUCGGCGUUUUCUGCUUCUCACAAGAGAUGAUUAUUUGGUCGGAUUUGAUUUAUAAAUGCAACACGCGUGUUCCCGGCCUUAUUUACAACGAAUUGCCACAUGCCCUCAAGCAAAAGGUGGAAGUGGACAGAUAGAAGAGACGGUAGAAAAAAUUUGCCCGUUCCUCUUCUCCGAGUAGAAAAGCUAAUAGUUGCGACUGCUUUGGCUUCCUUGUUAGUUAUAAUUUUUAUCGUUUGUUGAAGGUAUUACUGGUGUUAACCCUAUAAGAUGUACUCAUGCGAGCUAUGGCUACAUAAAAAAUAAUACCCCUACGACUAAAAUAUUAUUUAAUACUUUAAGCUAAGAAUUAUGACUAAAUAAAUUAUUUAAUAAUU